UGUGCAUAUAACAUAUUGUAGAAGGCAGAAGAGAAACCGCCUGCGUCAUUUCAACUUGUUAGUGCCUGUUUGAGGAAGAGGACAGCCAGGCACAUCAAUGAUCAGCUCCUCUUUGGUACUAAGUGGAUAUUCUGAGAGGGAACUAUGAGUCGGGGAUCUAAGUCUAAAGGAGUUCAGGGGUACAGUCCCAGCUCUCUGCUGAGCCCACAGGAGAAUGAGAGGCUGGAGGACCUCCUGGGGAGGAGGUGUGCUUCCCUGGCCACGGCUGUGGUGCAGCUGUAUAUGGCCCUGCCACAUAGUCCCACCUGCUGGAGCCUGCAGCACACUGGGGUGGCCUGCUUCACCAAGGACAACCCUCGUCGCUCCUACUUCAUACGCCUCUUCGAUGUCAAGAAAGGACAGCUGACCUGGGAGCAGGAGCUCUAUAACCAAAUGGUCUACCACAGCCCCCGACCCUUCUUCCACGCAUUUGCUGCAGAUGACUGCCAAGUGGGGCUGAACUUUGUGAAUGAACAAGAGUCUGAAACAUUCCUAUGUGCAGUGGAAGACAAGAUAAACCAGAGAAACCGUCAAGUCUCAGAGAAGAAGCAGCGCCCCCUGCCUUCCAAUGGACCUGGGACUCCCACUUCUCCUUCUGUGGCAACCAUAGACAUCCAGAACCCAGACAUCCAGGCUUCACGCUACCGCUCCGUCACACCUGUACCUGCUCCUGCCUUUAUCAGUAAGGGGAAAAAGGACAAGAAGAAGGACAAGAGGAAGGGCAGUAAACUCUCCAAAGCAGACAUUGGAGCACCCAGUGGGUUUACACACGUGAGUCAUGUGGGCUGGGAUCCCAACAACCUGGACCCUGACCUGAAAAAGCUGCUGUCCUGUGCUGGGAUCAGUGAGGCUGAGCUGAAGGAUGAGGAGACCUCCCAACUCAUCCAACAAGUCAUCGAGAACUCAGGCGGCAUGGAAGCAGUCAAAAAGGCCAUGCACACUGAUCCUGACCUUCCUCCUGGAAGACAGGGUUCUCUACCUCCCAUACCAGGCAGCUGUUCCUCCUCUCCUGCCCCCCCUCCUCCACGGGGGGGUCGCUCCGGCCCCCUGCCCCCUCCCCCAGGACAGCCAGGGCGAGGACCACCCCCCUCCCAUCCCCCUCCAUCACGUGGAGCCCUGCCACCUCCACCCCCCUCAAGCGGCCGAGGCGGACUCCCACCCCCUCCACCCUCUGUGUCCUAUACUUCUCCUCCCCCUCCCCCGGGCCACCAGCGCUCCAUGCCUGCCCCUCCUCCACCUCCUCCCCCACCUCCCCCAGCCCAGAGCUCUGGAGACUUUCCUUCUCCUCCACACCCCUGUAAAGGUCCCCCAUCACCUGCUCCUGCAUCUACAGGAGGAUGUGAAGGAGGUGGAAGAGGAGCUCUGCUGGACCAGAUCCGCCUGGGGAGGAAGCUCAAAAACGUCACAGACAGUCCUGAGUCACCUCCGCCUGCUGACACAGACUCAGAGGGCAUCGUAGGAGCUCUGAUGAUGGUCAUGCAGAAGAGGAGUAAAGUCAUCCACUCCUCUGAUGAAGGUGAAGAAGAAGGAGGUUAUGAUGAUGAAGAUGACGAUGAGUGGGACGACUGAUAAGUGCAUUCCAUCCUGUAUUAUUUUCCACUCUGUAACCAUGGACCCAACAGUCGUUGAUCCGGUUAAUCUCUUUUGUGUUGGUGUUUUUGUAUCAGUUGCUGACUGGAAGGUGACUCACGAAGAUUUACAUCAGAAGAAUGCUACAGAUAAGGAUUGUGUGAAAGUCCCAAAUGUGAGAGAAAUCAACGGAACGUAAGACAGAGAAACGAUUGAUGGGAUCACAUAUCUUUAUAUUUGCUUUCAAACGUUUACAGUGUAGGACUCAUGCUGAGUAUGUACAACACAUUACAGUAUGUUUCUGUACAAUACAUUGCAGUAUGUUUCUGUACAACACAUUACAGUAUGUUUCUGUACAACACAUUACAGUAUGUUUCUGUACUACACAUUACAGUAUGUUUCGGUACAACACAUUACAGUAUGUUUCUGUACAACACAUUACAGUAUGUUUCUGUACAAUACAUUGCAGUAUGUUUCUGUACAACACAUUACAGUAUGUUUCUGUACAACACAUUACAGUAUGUUUCUGUACUACACAUUACAGUAUGUUGCUGUACUACACAUUACAGUAGGUUGCUGUACUACACAUUACAGUAUGUUUCGGUACAACACAUUACAGUAUGUUUCUGUACUACACAUUACAGUAUGUUGCUGUACUACACAUUACAGUAGGUUGCUGUACUACACAUUACAGUAUGUUUCGGUACAACACAUUACAGUAUGUUUCUGUACUACACAUUACAGUAUGUUGCUGUACUACACAUUACAGUAUGUUGCUGUACAACACAUUACAGUAUGUUGCUGUACUACACAUUACAGUAUGUUUCUGUACUACACAUUACAGUAUGUUUCUGUACAACACAUUACAGUAUGUUGCUGUACUACACAUUACAGUAUGUUGCUGUACUACACAUUACAGUAUGUUGCUGUACUACACAUUACAGUAUGUUUCUGUACUACACAUUACAGUAUGUUUCUGUACUACACAUUACAGUAUGUUGCUCAAUAUCAUUAGAACAUAUGGUGAGGUCUUCUUCACAGUCUUCUUUAUACCUGUUCCCAUUCAAAGUGACAAUUUGAUAUGGCUGGAAUGUAGUAUUAUAAUGUAAUACAGAGAUUAUGCACA